CACUGCCUCGGCGGCGCUGGAGGAUGCGGCUGCGGCCCGGAGCUGCUGCAGCGGCCGCCUGACGCCCUGCAGGUCAGCAGUUGAGUAGCUGGAGCCCCGGAGGGCUUGAAGCGUUUUCACAGUGAUGGCAGAGAAACGGCCACUGGACACCCUGGGGCCUGUGAUGUACGGCAAGCUGCCCCGUCUAGAGGCCAACUCUGGACCCGGGCACAGUUUGGGCCCCUCUGCUGCUUACCAGGACCCGUGCAACUACAAGAGUGCCUACUUCUGCCCCAUGGGGGGGGCUCCCAAAACAGGGUCUGAGCGGUUGGCAUCCUGGACCCCAUAUCCACCUUUGUAUCCUACCAGUGUAGCAAGACCCCCACUUCGGGAAGACAGCCUGUUCACCAGCUGCCUGGUCUAUCACCCAUCAGCAGGAAACUCUGAGAAGGUGCAGGACUCUGGCCCUGUUGACCUCCUGCCCUUUAGUCCCCAGGCUCAUUCCUACUCAGGCCCACCACUGGCAGCACCCAAACCUAUCUAUCGCAGCCCUCUGUGUUAUGGACUCUCGACUUGCCUGGGGGAUGGGGCAGUGAAGAGGUCACUGGAUGUUGACUGGACACUGGUGACUGGGUCCCUAUUACCCUCAGCCAACCCCCAUUGUUCUCUGACUCUGGCUCCUGGCAAGGGCCAGUCCGUGGACGGUACCUUCUUGCAUGGGGUGCCAGUUGGGGGAUCUGGCAAGGACUCCUCAGGGAGUUUCUCCUCAUGCCAGGUAUUCCUGGACAAGUAUCAGACCAACCACAGCACAGGCUUCCUAGCCUCCAAGUAUGCAGGUUUUUACUCUGGGGACCCCAAGCGGGCAUUGUCUGAGGGACCCCCCAGUGCUUGGACCCAGCUGGCUCAGCCCCUGGGGGCAGCCUACCAGGAUACAGUGUCCUCCCACUACGCACUGCCUCACCCUCCACAGGCCCUGUCUUGCCCUCCAGCCUGUCGCCAUCCAGAGAAGCAGAGCAGCUACAGUUCAGUACCCCCACCACAGCCUCUGGGAGCCCACAAGGGAGUUGGGUACCCAGCCAGUGAGCUGAAUAGCCCUUUCCUGAGGCAGCAGACAGCCCAGACACCCUGUAUGCCCGCAGUGGGGCUGGACACUUAUUCCUACCCCUCUGUCCCCCUCCCAGUACCCUCACCAGGCCUCAAGCUAGAGCCACCUCUCACUCCACAGUGCCCACUGGACUUUGCCCCCCAGGCACUGGGCCUUCCUUAUGCACGGGAUGACCUUUCUGUCUGUGGAGCAUCCCCGGGGCUCAGGGGGACACUACCUUCCCAGAAUAGUGUUCAGGCUGUGCCACAGCCCAGUGCCUUCCAGCGAGCAUGCCAGCCUUUGCCUGCCAGUCAGCCGUGCGCAGAGCCUGUAAGGCCUACAGAGAAGCUGCCGGUGCAGGAUGCUGAGAAGACUAUACGGCUGCCCAGCUGCAGGAAAGAGCAGCUCCAACCCCAGCUCAACGAGCACCCCGGGGCACCCAUUGUUAUCAGAGAUAGUCCAGUUCCCCGCACCCCACCAACACUCCCACCCUGUGCCCAAGAGCACCAGUCUCUUCUACAGAACCAAGGCACACUGCCCCCUGGCUCUCCACCCAUGCCCAUUAUUGACAAUGUCUUCAGCCUGGCCCCCUACCGUGACUAUCUGGAUGUGCAGACACCCGAGGCCACAUCUGAGCCUGAUCCAGCCCCAGUCCCCAAGGACAGCUAUGACAAAGACUCCAGGGGAACCCUGUCUACCCAAGAGGCCCCUCUGAGGGUGCAUUGCUCACUUAGGGAGGAAGUGGCACUGGACUUGAGUGUGAAGAAACCCAUGGCAGAGGCUCCUCCUAUCAAGGUCCCUGGUCCUGCGGUGCACUCCAAGCUCCCUGUAACUGUGGGUGUGCCAGAUGCAGGAAGUGCAGUCUUGGAGCUGCCUGGGGUGCCAAUGGCCACAGAGACCAUCCCAAAGACCAACUUCCACAGCUCUGUGGCCUUCAUGUUCCGAAAAUUCAAGAUCCUCCGGCCGGCACCCUUGUCUGCAGCUAUGGUCCCAUCUGGGCCCACCUCAGUCCCUUCCUCUGACCAGCCUGCACCCACCCCUACAUCUGUGCCCACUGGACUACAGAUUCUCAAACAGCCCUUGCCCAUGGCCUGCUUUGAUUUGGCACUGCCCAGUUCUCCAGGUGUAUUCGUGGCCACCCCAGCACCUACUCUGGCUCCAUCACCUGCUCCAGCCCAGGCUCCAACUCCAGCUUCUACCCCUGUCACAGUGGAUUCCCCAGAGCAACACUUUGCAGGACUGCAUAAAUCCUUGUGUGAUGCCAUCUCGGGCUCAGUGGCCCACUCCCCACCUGAGAAGCUACGCGAAUGGCUUGAGAUGGCUGGGCCUUGGGGCCAGGCAGCAUGGCAGGAUGGCCAGGCAGUGCAGGGGCUGCUGGGCAAGCUGCUGUCCCAGUUGCAACGCUUUGUGUGCACGCAGCAGUGCCCCUUCCCCCACGUGGUGCGGGCUGGCGCCAUCUUCGUGCCCAUCCACCUGGUGAAGGAGCAGCUCUUCCCGAGGCUGCCGCCUGCUUCUGUGGACCACGUGCUGCAGGAGCACCGCGUGGAGCUCCGGCCCACCACACUGUCAGAGGAGAGGGCACUGCGGGAGCGAGCCCUGCAUGGCUGUACCUCACGCAUGCUGAAGUUGCUGGCACUGCGCCAGCUGCCUGACAUAUACCCUGACCUGCUGGGCCUGCAGUGGCGUGACUGUGUACGCCGCCAGCUGAGUGAACAUGGGGUACCCCCAGUGACUUUGACACAGGCUGGAUUUGUGUCAGAACCCAUCAUGGCCAGAGAUGAGCCAGAGAGCCUAUUUCUGGCUCAGAAGUCUCCCAUCUCCAAGGCCAGGAAGCCAGGGAGGAAGCUACCAACUCCUGGCCCGGAGAAAGCAGAGGCAACUGCUGGGGGAGGGUCCUGCUGUGCCUCACCUGCUCAUGAUGCCAGUGCCAGCCCACCCAGCUACACAGUGUGGGCCCACUGCCAAAGCCUGCUGGAAACCGCCUGGCUUAGUGGCCUGGCAUUGCUCACUUAGGGCCACAAGGCUUCAGGAGCAGCCCUGCCCUCACCCUGCCCACAGCUGUUGGGUGGCCAGAGCUAUCUCCUGUAG